CUAAGCAAAGUUUCCCCAACUCCCAGCUGAAGCAUUUCAACUUCAACAAACAUGAAGUGACAUGGUAAGAAAAUCUGACAACAUGCUGUUGUAACUAUACUCCCAGAUUGAUCUUCUUCCAGAAUCCCAACAACAAUGGCUAGUUGCACUUCUAAGAAGAGUGCUAGUUUCUUCCUAAGAAAACACAGGAAAUGGCCAUACUCACCUUACAAGGCCAGAUGGCACAGAAUUUUCAAUCAACAACAAGCCAUGCAAUCUCUUAAACAAUCAGCCCUAAAACCGCCGCAACAAGAAUCUCCCAACAAACCCCAUCUUCUAUCUUCUCUUAUUCACUCCUUUAGCAUCUACGAUGUUGAACCAGCCCCUAAAGCCUUUGACUUUAUAUUCAAAACCCUUGUUAAAACCUCUCAAUUCCAUCACAUUCCUUCAGUUCUUGACCAUCUCGAAAAAGUUGAAAGCUUUGAACCACCUGAAUCUACUUUUGCUUAUCUGAUUGAAGUUUAUGGCAGAACUAAUAAAACCCAUGAAGCAAUUGAGUUGUUCUACAGAAUCCCAAAGUUUAGAUGUGUCCCUUCUGUUUACUCACUCAAUACUCUGAUUUCAGUUCUUUGUAGAAACAGUAAAGGUUUAAAGUUGGUGCCUGAAAUCUUGUUGAAGAGUCAGGUUAUGAAUAUUCGAGUGGAAGAAUCGACUUUUCAGGUAUUGAUUACUGCUCUUUGUAGGAUUAGAAAGGUGGGUUUUGCUAUUGAGAUGCUGAAUUGUAUGGUGAAUGAUGGGUUUAUUGUAAAUGCAGAAAUAUAUUCUUUGUUGUUGUCAUGUCUCUGUGAACAGAAAGAUGCAACUAAAUUCGAGGUCAUAGGGUUUUUAGAGCAAUUGAGGAAGUUAGGAUUUUUCCCUGGAAUGGUGGAUUAUAGUAAUGUUAUUAGAUUUUUAGUGAAAGGAAAAAGGGGUUUGGAUGCUUUGCAUGUUUUGAAUCACAUGAAAUCAGAUAGAAUUAAGCCUGAUAUCUUUUGCUACACUAUGGUUUUGCAUGGGGUGAUUGAAGAUAAGGACUAUUUGAAGGCGGAUGAGUUGUUCGAUGAGUUGCUUGUUUUUGGUUUGGUUCCUGAUGCUUAUACUUACAAUGUGUAUAUAAAUGGUUUGUGUAAGCAAAAUAAUGUCCAAGCGGGGAUCAAGAUGGUUGCUAGUAUGGAGGAAUUGGGAUGCAAGCCUAAUUUGAUUACUUAUAAUAUGUUAGUGAAGCAGUUGUGUAAGGUUGGAGAACUUAGUAAGGCAGGUGAGCUUGUGAGGGAGAUGGGAUUGAAAGGAAUUGGGCUAAAUAUGCAGACAUAUAGGAUAAUGAUUGAUGGCUUGGCAAGCAAUGGUAAAAUUGUUGAAGCAUGUGGUUUAUUUGAGGAAGCAUUGGAUAAGGGUUUAUGCACUCAGAGUUUGAUGUUUGAUGAGAUAAUUUGUGGUUUAUGCCAUAGAGACCUAAGUUGUAAAGCACUCAAAUUACUUGAGAAAAUGGUUGGUAAGAAUGUUUCUCCUGGCGCUAGAGCCUGGAAAGCGCUUCUCCUCAGCUCUGGAUUCAAACUUGAUUCUGUGGAGACUAAAUUGUUUAGUUUGGUGGACUCAAAUCAAACUCAAUUAAGCAGUGAGAAUGUUGCUGUUGAGUAAUAAACCUUUUGAACUAUAGAAACGGUUGAAGUUAGUGGUGAAAAGUUUUGAGCCUAGGGAGAGUGUCAUCUUCUGGGGUGGUGGAUCUACAAAUAAAUUGUGUUUGUUGGAUUUUCGGUAAUGAUGCAUCGGUGGAGUGUUGGCAACAUUAAUAACUUUCAACUAACUAGCAGAUUAUGAAUUUUCAAACAAAUUAAAAAAUACAAAUGAUCUGGUAUGGCUGAAGCAUCAAGUUGCAAAUUCAAUGUUUCUAUUCAGAAGCUAAGUUCUACAGUGCAUGGAUGCCUAUGUGGUUUGAGCACUAAUGGUGCCUUUGUUUGAUUCUCUCCUUCAAUGGGCACAUCCAGCUAGACUGUUCUGAAUGCAAAAUCAUGCCUAAUAUUUAUGCCUUUUGGCCCUUCCCCAAUUUUACAAAUUACAAGACAUGCACUUAAUAUUGAAGGACCAACAUCCAACUCCAGAGUCUCAAAUUUACUACUGAGUACAUUCAUCUGUAAGGUGAAUUCUGGGAGACAAGAACUUUAAUAGAUAGGAUAUAGAUCUCCAACAAAUGCUUGAGUUAAGAGUUCGGAAGCUUAGCAGAGAGCUGUUGGUGGUUACUCAUAUUUGGUUUUUGUUAUUUGUAUCAUGUCAUCAUAUUACAUACUGGAAUAGGUCCCAAAUGGUUUAGAUCAAUAGUUUUAUGUUGGAGCAGCUUCUUUUACUUAUUCAGCUUUUUUAGCUCCCAGCACUAGCUACAAAGCUCUGAGAAGGUAUCGAGAGGGCAGUCAGGUGCGAAGCAAUUAGCCCCUAUUUGUAAAGUACCUCUCUUCCUAUUUUGGAGGUCACGACGAGAAAUGGCUUGAUGAACUAUUCCGUUCACCACGCACUGGCUCCAAUCACUUGCUUAUCGUAGAGGCUGUAAGUACACACCACAACUAUUAAUAGUAUAGUGGAGUUGAAACACGAGAGUGCCCGCCCUUUCUUUCAAGUAGGCCACUUUUUCCCGGAACACAAUCCAGGAUAACCGUGACCAUGUAUAUUUCUCUUCGAUGCUGUCAUUUCGAAAUGACCGCUUCAACCGCUGUUUAUUGUCCAACACUUGUUUUAUUUUAGAACUUGUAGCCUUAAAAGCUGGGUCCUUUCUGAGGUAUAAGGUUGAUCAGAUCAAGGUAUGAGUUCAUCCUAGAAACCUAAAAUGUUCUUCAAGAUUGGUUCAAGAUUGAAGUACGGUAUUUGUGGAAGUUUCAUUACUGGUGGAAGUUUCAUUAUUUUGCAGAAAUUUAUAAUUCAGAUCUUGUUUGUUUUCAAAUAGUCCAGCUGAUGUAGCCCUGUGUCUCACUAAUCCUCCUCUCCACGGAAUUGAUGCUUGGAUUUGAUUAAUGGUGAUGAAGUGACAUGAUUAUAGAUGCGUAUUUUUGCUAUCA